CAUCCUCAUACAUCCACACACACUGAGAGACACUGCGAGCAUCCUCAUAGCAUCCAGAGACACUGAGAGACACUGCGAGCAUCCUCAUAGCCACAGUCCCGGCGGAGGGUUGGGGUAAUCCCAGAGUCUCGGCGGAGGGUUGGGGUAAUCCCAGAGUCCCGGCGGAGGGGUAGGGUAAUCCCAGAGUCUCGGCGGAGGGUUGGGUAAUCCCAGAGUCCCGGCGGAGGGGUAGGGUAAUCCCACAGUCCCGGCGGAGGGGUAGGGUAAUCCCAGAGUCCCGGCGGAGGGGUAGGGUAAUCCCAGAGUCCCGGCGGAGGGGUAGGGUAAUCCCACAGUUCCGGCGGAGGGGUAGGGUAAUCCCAGAGUCCCGGGGGAGGGGUAGGGUAAUCCCAGAGUCCCAGCGGAGGGGUAGGGUAAUCCCACAGUUCCGGCGGAGGGGUAGGGUAAUCCCACAGUUCCGGCGGAGGGGUAGGGUAAUCCCAGAGUCCCGGCGGGGGGGUAUGGUAAUCCCAGAGUCCCAGCGGAGGGGUAGGGUAAUCGUACCUGUAUCUGUGUAUUCGUUGUUUCUGUGUUGGUUUGUUUAUCCAGUUUUUUUUUGUUUGUUUGGAAAUUCGGUUAUAUCCAAUUUUAAACUCUAUAUAUAUAUAUAUAUAUAUAUAUAUAUAUAUAUAUAUAUAUAUAUAUAUAUAUAUAUAUAUAUAUAUAUAUAUAUACACACACAGUGCUAACCCUGUAUAACACUUCAGUGGGGAUACAUUUGUGUUCUGCCUAGUGUUAGUGUAACCACCUUAUCACCUGUUCAACAGGAUAAAGGGCUGCCUUAUAAAGGGGGAGCACCGUGUGUGUUUGUAUUAUAUAUAUAAAUAUGUGUUCAAUGUUGUUUAGCUGUGAGCUGUACAUGUAAUGAAAAAAAGAAAGCAUUGCCCUCCAAAUGCUAUUAAAUGAAUUGAUUUUUAAUAUGAGAGUAAUGGACGAAUAGACCAGGCUGAUUGCUCUUUGUCAAGACAAAGGCUGCCGUUCGGUGAGUGAGCGGCUCGGAGCGAGAACGUUUCCGCUCGCCCUGGGGAGCGGGACUGAGCCGGUGUGAAGAACGUUCUGUCACCGAGCUGCUCGGAGCGAAUCACUGUCUCAACGCGCCCAAACACUCCCAACCAGCCAGUGAUGACCGAGCCCUGCUGUCUGUAGAGCAGCUUCUCUGUAAUUUACCGUACUGUACAUCACACAUGUAACUUAAAUUUACAGUAAUGUAUUGUUUUAUAGAAAUGCUGUUAGUUAAACUUUGCAUUAUACCACCAUAGAGUAUAAUAAAUUGUAUAUUGAACCCUGCUACAUGCUUUUCUUUCUUUCUCUCUGUUCAAAAACAUACUGUGUAAUCCAGUGUUGCCCCUUACUGUGAUGAUGUCACAGAGAAUGAAACCGGCAGACGGAAUGCUGAGCUCGUAGGUUGUGAUGUCACAAUGGGACUGGGUGACAAAUGCACAGCAAGCAUAGACCCAGCAACUACACUGCCUAUUGCAUCUGUAAACGCACACAGUAUAGUUACUGGCACACAUAGAGAACACAUUCACACAUAACCUCAUAUACAGCACUGCAUUCCUAUCAAUGGCCUACAUAACUGACCAUCCUGUACGAACCAUCGCUCAUGCACAACGACACGCUCUGUAUAACGCCAGUCUGCUGCUACCCAUUUAAACACACACUGCAGCACGCAUGCAACAUUUCCCGAUCUCGCACAUAACUAACAACACACAAGUUAGUACCAGUUAUACUCGCGCACAAUAGAACCACAAACAGACUGAGAUACACACAGAAACAGAUACAGGCACAGACUGUUUGCUCCGGUGAGAUGGGGGUUUGGUGAAGCAGGCAGGGGGAGAUGGACACUCCCCUCCCCUUCGAAGACCCACGCUGUUUCCACGCGGGGCAGCGUCUCUGGCUUCCCUUCCUCCUCUCCUCUCUCUCUGUCUUCUUUGGGGGGACUGCUAUCAUCCUUCUCUGGAGGGGGACGAGGUGGGCCCUGGGGAGGGGGCUGAGAGCGGGACGAGGUCGCAGGAAGCAGGUAACUCAAAGCUCUGAGGUACACACUGCUGUGAAAGAAUGGGCUGCAGCCAGGCUGUCUGCACAGACUCGAACAGGGAGAGUCCUGAUGGUGAUGUUGUUCCUGUUCAGCGUCGUCUCCCUGGCCGACUACUUCAUCCUCUCCACACAGUCCAUUGAGUUCUGCUGGCAGGGCUACGGCUUCCUGUUCCUGCUGGAGCUGCUUCUCAACAUGUUCUACCUGCUGUACUUCGGCCUGCGGUUCCUGGCCGCCCCAGACGCGCUGCACUUCUGGCUAGAAAUGAACUCCAUGGUGGAUUUCUUCACCGUGCCGCCCUCGUUUGUCUCCCUCUUCACCCAGCGCAGCUGGCUGGGUCUCCGGUUCCUCAGAGCCCUGCAUCUCACUGAGCUCCCCACAAUCCUGCAGUUUCUGAACAUCCUGCAGACCAGCUCCUCUCUCAAGCUGGCCCGACUCAUCGCUGUCUUCCUGGUCUACUGCCUCACUGCCGCUGGCUUCAUUCACCUGGUGGAGAACUCAGGCGAUCCUUGGUGGAGCGUUCCCAACUCCCAGCCCCUGACAUAUUUCCAGUGCGUGUACUUCCUCAUGGUUACCAUGUCGACGGUGGGAUACGGGGAUAUCCUGGUGCACACUUUGCUGGGCAGGGUCUUCAUCAUCUUCAUCAUCAUCACCGGCCUGGCCCUGUUUGCCAGCUACGUUCCUGAGAUCGUGGAGAUCGUGGGCAAGAGGAAGAAACACGACGGGAGCUACAUGCCCCUGCCAGGGAAGAAGCACGUGGUGGUGUGCGGUCACCUGACCCUGACGAACCUGACCGCGUUCUUGAAGGAGUUUCUACACGAGGACAGGGGUGUGGUCAACGUGAAAGUGGUGCUCCUGGGAAAUUUUGAUCCGGACACUCAAUUUGAGUUGUUCUUGAAGCGUAACUUCAUCAAGACUGUGUUCUACCAGGGCUCGGUUCUGAGCUCCCACGAUCUGGCCCGGGUCCAGAUGCAGAAAGCAGACGCCUGCCUGGUUCUGUCGAACAAGUUCUGCAAAGACCCGCACACAGAGGACGCCUGCAAUAUCAUGAGGGUGAUCUCAAUCAAGGAUUACUGCGCUGAAACUCGAGUGAUUUGUGUCAUGCUGCAAAACCCCAGCAAGGUGUACCUGCAGAACAUCCCCAGUUGGGACUGGCACCGGGGGGACGCUGUCAUCUGCCUGGCGGAGCUGAAACUGGGCUUCAUGGCUCAGGGCUGCAUGGUGCCAGGGCUCUCCACACUGCUAGCUAACCUGUUCACAAUGCAGAGCCCAGCACAGACUCAGCCUGGCAGCUGGCGCAGUCACUACAAGCUGGGUCUGUACAACGAGGUUUACACUGAAGAGCUGUCCAGAGACUUCACAGGCAAGCACUUCCACGAGGUGUGCAGACGUCGGCGACGCUCUUGCACUUCGCUCUCACGACGACAUCACGUGAAGCUGAGAGUGCUGCUGAUAGGAAUUGAGUACCGGAGUGCCAAGGAGUGCAGCAUCCUGGUGAACCCGCAGAGCAAUCUCACAAUCCCUGACAAGACUCUGGGCUUCUUCAUCGCCAGCAACGCCUUUGAUGUCAAAAGGGAUGACCCGCAGACGCACCCCGCCUGGGAGGUCGAGGGUCAGCUGGACUCCACAGGGAUGUUUCACUGUCUCUCUCUCCUCUCCCUGCAGAGCCGCAGUUCUGCUCACUGUCUCCCCCUGCAGGAUCACGUACUGGUGUGUGUGUUCGGGGAUGAGCGAUCGCCUCUCCUGGGGCUGCGCAAUCUGGUGAUGCCGCUGCGCGCUGGGAACCUGACCAGGGCAGAGCUGCGCACUGUGCUGCUGCUCGGCUCCCUGCACUACCUCCAGCGGGAGUGGGAGCACAUCCACUACUUCCCCAAGAUUUACAUCUUACCGGGUUCCCCGCUGUGCCGAGCUGAUCUGAGGGCCGCUCAAGUUAGCCAGUGCGCGUCCUGCCUGAUCCUCUCUGCUUCCAGCGACUCCAGCCUCGAACCCUCGCUCCAGGACAAGGAGUCCGUUCUGGCCAGCCUCAACAUCCAAGCCAUGCAGUUUCCCGACAGCCGGCCGGGCUCCAGCCUCGCAGGGUCUCCUCACCCCGGAGCGGACGACGCGAAGCCCCCCGUCCGGCAGAGCGGAUUGAGGGUCCCGGUCCUCGCAGAUCUGGUGCACAGCUGUAAUGUGCAGUAUAUGAGUAGUCUGGAUUCCCAGGAGAUGCCGUUCUCAGACCUGCACCUCACCCAGGCCUUCGCCAGUGGCUCCAUCUUCUCUGUGGGGGUGCUGGAUUCCCUCGUGUCCGCGACGUACUUCAACCGCCACGCCCCGGCGUUGAUCCGCACGCUGGUGACGGGCGGGGCCACGCCCUCCGUGGAGUCUCAGCUCGCCGAGGAGGACAUGCUGCGCGGGGGACCCAGCGCCGUGACAUCACCGCACCUGCGCCACCACGCCAAGAUGGCCCAGCUGUCACUGAGCAGGGGACCCCUGGCAAACCUCUCUGUCCUCGACAAGACAAUUUAG